CGAAGUUAUUUAGUCGCGUGUUUACAUUGAUCCGUGGAGCACGUGCGUGGUGAACGCUUUCAGUGAGUGUGUAACUUCUUCCUCUGUUCGAUUGGAAACUAAUCACGGCAUCUCUUGUUGUUCUUGUUUCUCACCAUGGUGGACCGAGCCGAAAUCAUCCCUCUGCACAAACAGAGCGGGGUAAGCAAAUUGCAAAUUUGUCCCCCCAAAAAUCCAAAAACAUCCAGACAACCACCUGGAAAAAAUGUGCGGCCAAUCAUUACAGAAUUUGACCCAAAGAAAAGCGGAGUCCGGACGGAAAGGGCGGAUCUCGUCAUGGUCAAGUACAAAUGCCAGUCAAAUGGGGUGCCUAUCACGAUGACAACAGGAUCGACGCUUCCUCUAGUAUCGAGUACGAACAAGGAUGCCGAAUCGGGAGGCUACAACCCCUUCGAGCAUCGGAAAGUCGCCCAUCCGACCUCGGACAUGGAGACAUUCAUUCACCUGUUGAAAGGUAGUUUAGGCACUGGCAUCCUUGCCAUGCCGCUAGCUUUUUCAAAUGCUGGACUAUGGUUCGGUUUGGCCGCCACGUUUACUAUUGGUUUAAUCUGCACAUACUGUGUUCACAUUCUAGUAAAAUCCUCGCAUAUAUUGUGUAGGAGAAUGAAAGUUCCGUCCUUGAGUUUUGCGGAUAUUGCUGAAGUUGCUUUCCUAGCAGGACCUACUUCUGUUCAGGGUUUUGCUGCCUUCUCUAGGUCUAUGGUUAAUUUGUUCCUCGUAAUUGAUUUGCUUGGUUGCUGUUGUGUCUAUUUGGUUUUUGUCGCUAAAAAUAUCAAGCAGGUUGUUGAUGUAUACGCAGGGGCAGAGUUUGAUGUACGAUGGUACAUCCUGUCCAUUCUGCCUCUAUUGAUUGCAAUCAACUUGAUCCGGAACCUGAAAUAUUUAGCCCCGUUUUCCAUGAUUUCAAACCUGCUGGUUGGAAUUGGGAUAACGAUUACUUUCUACUACAUGUUCAAGGACUUACCUUCGUUGGACUCGGUUCCACACCAGCACUUCUCAUCCUUUGAGCAGCUUCCGCUCUUUUUUGGCACAGCUAUUUUUGCCUUGGAAGGAAUCGGUGUUGUGAUGCCAUUGGAGAAUAACAUGAAAAAGCCACAGCAUUUGAUCGGAUGUCCAGGAGUGUUGAACACAGGCAUGUUUUUGGUCAUCAGUUUGUAUUCUGGAGUCGGAUUCUUUGGAUACUUGAAGUAUGGCAGUAAAACGGAACCGAGCAUCACGUUGAACCUGCCUCAACAUGAGCUGUUAGGGCAAAGUGUAAAACUUAUGAUGGCUGUUGCUAUUUUCUUGACGUACGCUCUGCAGUUCUACGUACCAUUCGAAAUCAUCUGGAAAUCAGUAAAACAUCGAUUCACCUCCAAGCCAAAGACUGCCGAAUACAGCUUGCGUGUAGGACUGGUGGUUGGAACAGUUGUUUUGGCUAUAACUUUCCCAGAACUGGGUCCUUUCAUCUCUUUGGUGGGUGCAUUGUGUUUAUCGACGCUUGGACUCAUGUUCCCUGCAAUCAUUGAACUGGUAAUCUACUGGGAAGAACCUGGAAUGGGCGCCUACAACUGGAGGCUAUACAAGAACCUCGCCAUUAUCGCUUUUGGACUUCUUGGCCUGGUAACAGGGACAUAUACGAGUCUCUGGGAAAUGGGAAUGGGUAAUGCCCAUUAAAGCUAGUAGAAAGCGCGUAAUUUUGCUCCAAGGUAUUAUCUUUUCACGAUGACUCAGAAGUUCCACUCUAUUUCUCAAAGAUCUUCCAAGGGCUAUCGCCCUUGCUCUAUGCUCAGUUGUUAAUCACACUGACUCCUCCACAAACCCUUGUUUUCUAUUUUGUUUGUAUUUUGCUGUGAAGCAAAACUAUUCAAGAGUGAAUCUUAGGCAUACCUCUUAGUUGUUGUGUUAAUGUAUUGAAUAAUUUUUAUUCAAGGAUUCGGAACGUUCAGUUCCAGUUGUAGAAUUUUGAGUUUUGUUUUGUAUAUAGUAGGUUGUAAAUUUGUAAAUAUUUUGCAUCAUUGUUUAUUUUGAGGUAAUUUAUAUUAUGUAAAGAGAUUGGUUCCAACUGUAAUCACAGCCAAACACUCGAUUCAACAAACUCAGCUGGAUGAGUUUUCUUGUUUUUAAUUUUUUUCUCAUGAAUACUGAGAAAUGCUCUUGUCAAAUUAAUUUUAGCUUGGCUCAUCUCAUUCUUUGUUGCUUCUCUGAUAUCUCUUUAUAUCAUGAGCUCAACUCGUACCUUCCAAUGGGAUUUUUUGUAACCAGCUGAUUGUAGGUGUCUCGAGAAUGAGGUCAUAGACCAAAUAAUCAUUGUUCAACUCAGCAAGUGCCUGAAAUAUAUAAAGUAAAACCUCAAUAUGUUGCUCAAAAUAUUUGCACAAACUCUGCAGUUAACCCAUUUUUUAUACAGAAUCCAUUCAGUCUUUUUCUUACGAAUAGUAAGACACCCUCUAUUAUUUUUCCUGUCUUUCUGCUUUAAAAUGUGACCGAUAUUGACUAAUUACUCAAACAAGAUUCAGGGACUACCAGACAAUGUCAAUUAGAAAACAUUGCCCAAGUUAGGUUACUUACUUGUGUUUUUAAUUAGGGUUUAAUAAAGGAUCAAAGUAAAGGAAUUGCAGCUUUGUUACCAGAAAAGUCACGGCUAUAGGAAAAUUGGAGGCGAGAAUAUGACCAUGUGAUGCAGGCCUUAAAAAGAUGCAAGAUGAUGAAAAAAUUUCUGAGACAGUUAACUAAAUGUUUACCGAUGUUAAACGUAGUUGAACACUCUUGCGAGUUAGGCUCAUAAAUUCUGUCGAUGGAAGUUACAAACCUGUCUCGUACUUAGGCUUCUGGGAAAGCCAAAUAAAAUUUACAGAAAAUGGUUGAAUGGAUUUGUUCUAAGUCGUUGAAAAGGCUUUGUCUCCUGAAAAUAUUACCAUUACAUUUUCUUUUAGCAAAGCUGUUAAUAUUGUAUUCAAUUAUUGCCCUAUCCUAGUGGUAUCUUCUCAUCAGUCAGCAUAGUAGCAAAAUGUACUUUUUCUCUUUGUAAAAGAUGGCCUCCAGAGUCAUCAGGUAAGAGCUUUUGUUGGGAAAUUUUGAAAAGCGUUUCGAUCAAAAGGUAACCAAUCCAAAUAAAAAACUCAAUGCAAUAUAACCAAAACCAACCAUCGCAUAAAACUCUCCCCCUCUUGUUAGAAAAUGUGUCAUUUGGUUAAGUUAUUAGUUAAAAGGCAAAUAAGGAAAUUGGAAGUAGUCGCAGGGUGCACUUCUUUGUAAAUGGAAUAAUUAAAUUAUGCAACUUUACGAUGUCUCAAAUGUCUUGUGGCUAAGACUGCGCUAUGGUUUAUUCAACAGGAAUCCAGCUGCCAAAGAAUAGGUAACAAUUCUCAAUCUCAAAUUAAGACUUCAAUUUAGUGAAAACUUUCCAAUAAACACGAGGUAAUUUAAUCCAUAUUAAGAAAUACUGCACUCAGUAGAUGCGACAUCCGAUGAAGCCUAGGACAUUUUGAAUUUUCACCUGACAAAUGACACAAAAUGUUCAGAUGGGGCUGGGCCCCAUUAACAUCCCAACAGAGAAUAUAACACAGCAACUCCCUAUUCUUUUAUCAUGUUUUCAAAUUAUCUGCCUUGUCCAAAGUGGCACUCCAAGCAGUGUUUUCCGCUUCAAUUUUUUACAUCAGUGAGUUUUUUCUUUAACUUUAUCUCACAAUAUGGCUAUAGUAAUACUGAAAAUCGUUUUUAUUUUAAUUAUCGCUUUAUCUUCCACAAUUAUUUUUGUAAGUGUAUUGGCUGUUUUUUACAUGAAAGUACCAUCUCUAAAAAUUUGUGAUGGCUAACUUGUUACAAGUUCGCGAAUAGAUUGUAUAUUUUUUUAAUUAAUUUUGUAAGAUUGAAUAGUGUAAGUUUGUUUUUAUAAUUAUUGUUACUAAUCAAUAGAAUUCUCUGUAAUCACGUAGGACCACCUCUGCUUUAACCGUCUCUGCAGGCUUGACUGUCUCUGAGGCUUUUAUCAUCGGUUAAUUUUAGUUUCCAUUGUUCAAGCGUAUUUGUAGGUGAGUUUAAUCCAAAAUCCAGUACUAUAUUUUAACCAUGAGAAUGAAUUGAGUUUUUUUUUAUAAGUUUGUUUGACUAGGAUUUAAUGCAGCGACCCGCAUUGUGAUAAGUAUGUGUAAGGUUAAUUUUUUUUUUCACUCUCUCCCAUUUUUAUCAUACAGCAGUCACAUUUGCGUUUAUCUAUGACUUUGAUUUUAUUUUAACUUUCAACUCUUUGGAAAGCAUCAAUCACACUUUGGUAGCCAUUCAGUAUAUUUAAAAGUUGUCCACAGUUAUUUUUUACCCUGUUAAACCUAAAAUUUAAUUAUUAUUACUUUUACCCAACCUAUGAUUUGUCAUGGUAUCAGAAAACGCGUCUUAUUCUCUUGAUUUUUCAAAUCCAGUUAAAAUAGUGAGCCCCAUGACAAGCCCAAUUUGUGUAUUCAGGUUCUAACGGAUUAAGUCAAUUAAUUUCUAUGGUCACUGCAGUGUUUUUAAAACACCACCCUCAUUUAAAAAUAAAAAUAGUAGCCAGAAACUCCCCCCUCCUUUUUUUACUCAAAUUUUCUGACUCAGUGAGAAUAAUUCUAAAACUUCCGAGACCAACCUACUGCAUGAAGAUUUUUUAUGGAUCAUUGACGAAGUUUCUCAAUUUUAACUUGUACUUUCCAAAGCUCAACAAUAUGUCAUCGAACAUCAGCUCAUUAAAAGUUGAAGUGAAUUUUAAGAAUCAAAAAUAUUGUAUUAUUUGCGUCCUAUCUUUAACAUGGAUAUUGUGAUCCUCGAAAUUCGUGCUUAGAUUAGGAAAACGCCUGUCAUCUAGGAAUGGGGCGUAUCAUAGCUCUUAGCGUAUAUCUGUCAAUUGUUUACUUAGUCCUCCCGCUUUAAUGAGCGAGAUUGAUUGAUACCGGUGCUUUUGAAGAAAAAUAAGUCAUUCUUUUGUUGUCUAAUUUCUUUUAUCUUGUUUUUAAGUGAGAUCAAGGCCUUACAGUCUCGAGAAAGCAGACUUUAUAAGGGUUUAUGUGUGCUGGUAAUGAGUUGUCAAUUGUAGACUGUACGGACAUAGAGAUUGAUGAGCAAAUGGAAAUUUUUUCAAUUCUUGCAGCAAAUGAAUCUUCACCUCUGAGCAGCUGAUUGAGCCUACAGCACAUGCUAAAAUGGGAGUUGAGAUUAGGGGUCCCUGGGUUAGUGAAUGGGUCACUUAAAUUCGCAGGAUUUUGUGCAGAUUGCAUUAAUCAGUAAGAUCAGGUCACAACAGGUAUCAACCUAACUGACGUAAGGAUCAGAGCACUUCAAUUCCAUGAAAUUGAGACUGUUGAACAAUGACAAUGGAUACUUAUUUUCAGCUCUCAUUUUUAGCAUGUGAAGUGGAUUUAAUGAUGUCUUCAUGCUCAGAAGCAAUGUAAUGAUGCAAAAAAAACAGUUAGCAUACUUGAAAGUGUCAAAAAAUCAUUGACUCAGUCUUUACCAUGUAUUUUUGCAAACGGUAAACCUUUUUGCAGCCUUCGGGAACAGCAACUCAACUGUGCGUAUGUUCCCCUUGCUCUAGGAAAAAACAGGUUUCUAGUUCUGAAGUACUGGUAGACUUUCCUGUAAGGCCGUGUAUCUUAAAUUGGUACAAAAUUUAAGUUUAACAAAUUUUUCUUGUUUCUUGAUACAACUGCUGUAUCAGUUCUCCUUGUGAAUGAAAGUACAUAUUGAAAUUGCGAACUAUAUUACAAAGAGAAACUUUCACUUAUCAGCCUGCAUCAAAUGUUUACUGUUUCAUUAUUUUCAUCUUUGAAAUUAUGAUGUAUUACUGAAUCUUUAUCAAUAGAACUAGUUCCAGUAAUGAUUGUUUUUCAUCGAGUUUUAUAGUUGUGCCAUUGACUCUAGUGAUUAUGUAGUUCAAAAUUAAUGGUCAAUCCUAAUUUUUAGCUCAAGCUUGCGUGUAGGAAAUUGUACUUUUUCAAAUGCCCAUCUAAACUUAGUUCAUCCAGUUUGUAAUUUUAAAUUUUGUAACUCCCGAUUCAUUCCAAAAAAAAUUUGCAACUGUUCUCUUCUCCAAGAAGCCUGAAAUCUGAUAAUAUUUAAUAAAAUGCCUUUCUAACGCCGAAUACAAUCCCUUCAUUUUGUAAAAUGAUUUUGAAAUCACCCUUUGGAGUCAAAAAUGAAGUAUUGUCAUCUCAGGAAACUGAAUUCACGUCGGUGGCAUCUUAACGCCUUGAAAAGUGUGAGUACAACUGUAAUAAUUUGAAUAUAAUCCUAUCCCUUUGCUAUCUGCGGCAAAUAAAUGUAACUCAAUUAGGCAUUGAUAUUUUACAGGCUUCUGAAAUUUUUAAUAAAAAUUAUUUUGAAAAAAAAUUUUGAAACUUUAAUACUUCCAAAAUCAAUAUGUAAUCUUCUCUGCACAGGAUAAAUAUGUUUUUCCAUUUCAUACUGUGAGCUUUGCUUUCCAAAAUAAUUUAUGCUCUGUGCAGUUUUUUCAAAUACACUCAUUCAUUCGCUCAAGUUCAGAUUGAGACAACUGUUCCGUCAGGAGCUUUUGUGCCGUUUUGCAGCAUAUCUGUUCAAUAGGGAUAAAUUAAGUUUUUCAACUGUGAUAUUUGUUCUUAAUUCAGUUUAUGCGCUUAUUAAAUUAUUAAUGAGUUGUUGCGAGUAUGGUCUUCAUGUUUUCCCACCUUCCCGAGUCUUUAGCGCUUUUUGUUUGGGAGGCUUCAAAGAUGGAAAGGACACAUCUGAAAUUCGAGGUAGUGAAUGGAAGAUCCAAAACCAUCUUUCAAGGGUGGAGUUGAAUCAGGGUCUGCCAUAAAUCUUAUCUCACCCAUUUUUCCAUUAAUGAUUCAACACAGUCCUGAACAGUAUGUUCCAAGAGGUAAUUGUGGGGGAAACGUACCUUCGGUCAUUCCCUGGUAGCAGAACUUCUGAAAAAUUAGUUUUCAGAAAAGAGUCAAGUACAACACAAUGAGGGCACUAAAAAUGCUUAAAAUCCAAUCGGAUUUAUGUAACAUUUAGACUUAUUUCUAUCAAACAGAUUUAUGUGCAGGUGAGAAAUAUGGGAUGUGCUCGUCAGUUCUAUGGCCGUAAGAGUGAAUGAGAAUAAUAAAGCGCCAGUGACGUCAACGGAGAUGGAUGCCGCCGUCGCGGUUGCAGUCAUCAACUCAUAAGCCCCGGCCACAACGCUCUCGUGCCAUGCCUGCAGCUCAUAUAUCCCGCAUUCAGUUGGCACAUAGUUCUGUUUGCUGAAUUUAAAAUUUUGCUUUUCCAAUUCUUCAAAAGGAAUCACGCCCACUUUUAAAUUGUUUCUUAUGCAGCUUUCUAGAGCACACCCCAUAUUUCUCACCUGCACAUAGUUCUGUUUGAUAGAAAUAUGUCCAUUUAAAGUUCAGUGAUUACAGUAGAAUAAAAGUCAUAAAAUUUUACUUAAUCCUAAAUCCUAACCCCCAAAAGUCUCAUCAACGCUUUGUGCACUAUGAUUCACUUUAAUUAUCUUAGUAUCAUUAGAUCAUAUUCAAAUUAAAUGUUACUCAUAAAGUUCCAAGCUUUUACCUUGCUAAAAUAUGUACCCUCGUAUGAAGCGGAAAGUCAUUCCGCCUUUUAUUUAUUUUCAAUCAAUUUUUGGUGAACUUUUACUGAAAUUAAUUCUCAAGAAGUUCUGUUAUCUAGAAUAAUGAGAGUUAGACUUUAAUUUUAUUUGACCAAAAUUGAGGUAAAUCAUUUUAGCAUGGAAGAUAACGCAGUGCAUGAGGAAAAUGAGCUGAGACAAGUCAAUUUUAAAAUUCUCUUCAAACCUUAGAAAUGAGCCUAAGUUCAAAACUGAGAUGAAAAAAAUAUGACAGCAUUAGUUAGUGAGACUGUGAAAUGAAGGACAAAAAUUGAAUCAGUUUUAUCGUAAUUGCGCUAUGUCAUGGACAGUCUUGCAGCUAAGUAAUCUCAUCUACAAUACCCUUUUGUAACAGUCGGUAAGCUCUUUGUGGCAGGCAUAGAUUUCCUCAGAAUGGCACAAGUAGGUAAGUCAUUUGCUUAAAGAUGUCCAAUGAAGGAUCUGUUAUCACCCACUGACACCCUCUCAUUCGCAUGAGAGUCAUACACAUUUAGAUCAAGAUCCAAAUUUGACCCCUGCCCCUCCAUAAUUUGUUCCUGCUACUAUCAGCAGAGAAGAAACUGGCCUCCUUUAAAUGCCACUGUGGGCGUUUUCUCCACAUAUUAAGAGCCAGACUGGUGCUGUCCAAAUUAGUUUUGAACAAAAUAAAGUAUCAAUACAUCAAACAUUUUGUCUGUCGAAAGCUCAAUUUUUUCUACUCGCCAAUAGGUAAUUAUCAAUCAGACUUAGCUUCCAUUUUAUCUAUUUUAUUACAAGUUAAGGGGCUGUUCAUAAAAUACGUGAGACUGAAAAUUGGAUUUUUUAUCCCCCAUCUAACUCGGGUCGUAACACAGCUGUACACCCCCCUAAAAAAAUAACGUAAUGCUCAGUUUCACAUCAGCAUUUUGUAAUGAAUUUUAGAUGACAAAAUGGUCUUAUCGAUUUUUCAUCUAAGAUUUAUAAGAAAUCAGUAUUAUAUAUCAGGUCUAGCGUUAUUUAUUGCAGUCCGGAACGCACCCUUUCUCUGUAACACAUCCGGAAUGCACACCCCGGAUGCCUCCCUCCUCAGCAUCACUUGUUUUAUGAAUGGCCCCUGAUAAUUAUUUUAAUUAUUAUUUAUUCUACAACAAUCAAUAUUUAUUUUCCUUCAUCAUCUAUUGACAAGGAAACUACAGUUACAUGUAUGUCGCAAGAGCAAAGAAAAAUUUCAAAUUUUUAUGCAUUGACAAUAAUUAGUUCAACUCUAGAAGAGUGAAAUACAACAUAAAACCUGGAAUGUCAGCAAUUGGAAUAUGCGGUUUUGUUCUUUCACCAUUGAAAUGUAACCAACGAUUCUAAAAGGAGCCUCAGUGCAGAAAAAAUGGACUGCAUUUUGUCACAGGGAACUACUCCAUUUAGCUCAUUUCAAAAACAAUGUAUGGCUGGUAACGCUGUCAUGAAGAUGUGCAAUUUUUAUUUCUUUGGCCAUUCUCUGAUAAAGCAUGCAAAAUCUAUUAUCUUGUGUUGGUAUUACACAAAAUGUCACCACAGCACUUCAAAAAACGAUCCAAGGUUAUGUGGAUCAAUUUGAAUCGUUAAUCAUUAAUUUGAUAUCGUAUAAGUUCAUGUCAAUUCAUUUCAUUUAAAUACAUUUAUUUAUUUAUUUUUUUUUAUCAAAGACUGAUUGUUGUUAGUGCUUGUAGGAAGUAGCUUCAGUAGCUUAAGUCAAAAGGUUCAAAUUGCUUUUCAUUAAAAGCUUCUAUGAAUUAAUUUUCCCUACCAUAUUUUGGUGAUGAAACAGAGAAGUUUGUAGCUCUACUAUAGUAUUUCACAGCUCCCUCUCUUAAUUUUUAAAAAGAGAGUUGAAUGAUGUCUUUGCAUGAGGUUUUUAGGAUACUUCUAGUGAGGUGCAGUUCAAGAACAAUUAGUAUGGGCGCAUUAAAAUAGAACACAACCAGGGAAAUAAAGAGUUGUCGAAAUGCAGCGCUCUCCAGUUACACCAUCAAUAUUUCGAUGGUGAAACUGCAGAAAUGCGUAUCUCGGUUUGCGGCGUUACAGACUUCCUGUCAUACUUUAUUUUCUACAUGAAAAACUAUACUGAUGCUAUCAUUUUUUGAAAAAUUCAGCGAUUUUUCCUCCCUUUAUCAGGAAUAUUCUGUAAAAAUAUCAAGUUAUGAUUUUGGUUCAGCCUCCUUUAAAAAAAUAAAAUAGGUGCCGAGAUUUCCAAACAGUGCAACCGAGAUACGCAUUUUUGCAGUUUCACCGUCAAUAGGUAUGCUCCACAAUUAAAUACAAUGCUAAUAUAAUAUGUAUGCUAAUAAUCAUUUUUUCCUUGGAAAAGUUGUAGAAAAUGAUUCCUAAAAGGUCUUAUGGAGUUGAUACAAUUGCCAAAUAUCCAGUAUUUUUAAAAUAGUUUUCCUUCUCCAAGUGCAGUAACACAAAAGAAAUCAUAAAAAAACUAAAAAUUUUUAUAGGCCCAAAAUCAUGAAAAAAGUUCUUGAAAUGUAAAAGGAAAGAACCCCUUUUUUGUUAGGUAUUUUUUACGAACUCCACCUUGCUUUAACAUCAAGUUCUUAGUUUCACCAAAUUUUAACAAAAAUUUACCACACAAUUUUAGUUUUGUAUGUUGCAUUUAUCACAUUUUAUUUUGCGUCUUGCAUCACUAUCCCUCGAAUAGAUGCUUCCAAGAAGUACUUGUUCAAAAAAGAAUUUGUCAAUACUGAUGGUUGAAAUUAGUGUACUUACCCUGCUGCUCUUUCUCGCAUUUUUGGGGAUAAACCGAUUCUUUUCUUGAUUCAGUUAGAAAUUAAUUACCCAUUUAAAAUUGCCUCUUAGGCGGAUUGUCAGGGCUUGAUUGUAAAAGCGCUAAGGCUCAAUGGCUGAGGAAAAAAAGGUGAUUGAAAAUUAAUAUUUCAAGACGAGGUCACAAUCUGUCACUUUUUCCUGAAAUAUCACAUAAAUUUGUAUGCUCCCAUUGAGAAGUAUGUUCUGAAAUCUUAUCAAGUCAUUUACCUGUCACUUUGCUCCAUUUCCUGUGAAAAGAUGAAGUGCACGCAAAUAUUUUGAAACUUUUUAAUCCUUGAUUUUUAAAAUCGUCUUUUCACUCUUGUUUUAAUUGGAUGCAUUUAUGCUAGAAGGAACUUUGUUGCAUGUAAAUCCUGUGCACAUAAAUCCUUUUAGCAUAAAUACGUCUAAUUUAAAAAGCUGUUCAUCUUAAAAUUCUGGAGUUCAGUAUUAUGAUUGAAGAAUUGCAAUCUGAGUUAGGCAAAUUGCAAUCUGAGUUAGGCAAAUUUUACUAUUCAAAUGCUUAUUAAUUAUUGGUCAGCAGAGGUAUAUCUUCUUUUUCACUCCAGUAUAUAGCUGCACAAACAUUUUUGUCUGGACAAAGUUUCUUUUAGGGUCAAAAUUUUACCGGUUGCAAUGGACUGGUUAGGUAGUUGCUAUGUCAUUCAGUCUAUAACACCGUUAAAUCACGAAGCACUGAAAAACAAUCUACAUCAAACCCAUUUAUUUGUUCUGGUGGAAUAAUCAAAUGUAUCAAAUAUGGAAUGAUGAAGUCUCAAAGUCAGUAUAAUGGCAACCAGGUUGGUCAUAUCAACCUCCAAGUUCAACUUAAAAUUCCAUGAGUAAAAUUUUUUAUUGCAGCUGACCGCAAAUAGCUGCAGUUUUCUGCCAUAAAAAUUAUGACCCGCAUCUUCACAGUCAAUACUUAUGAGAGGCCUCUCGGAAAAAUUAGAGCUUUAUAAUUUAAACAGAUGCAGUAAUUUAUUUUCAACUAUAAAUAGUAUUCCGUACAGAAGCAUUAUGCACCUUGAAUAGUAUCCCUUGAUUUAUUAUCCCCUGUACAUAAAUCAAAUAAAACCGAAAAAAUUAGCGAUUUCCUUCUAAUUUGUUAUUAUAUCUUCCAUAGCAUGUACUGAAAUAUUUGUAUCUAAUUGUUGAGGCAUUUUGCACAAUAAUUUUGAACAAACAGAAAACAAUAAUUGAUUUAAAAGUCAAAUAUAACAUAUUUUAUCAAC